AUGAAGGCUAUUAGACCUCAGAUUACCAACAACUGGCACUCAACAGCAGGCCUGUUGUGGGCGCCAUCUGCUGCAAUCCGGGCGCCACUGCGUCCUCUCCACCAGCAAGCGACAAAGAAGGCUGCAUAUGCGACUCAAAAUGCAUCUUCGAGAUUAGCGCCAGCCUGUACGCGUUGGUUAACGCGGCCACAGGUGAAUAGCUUUCAAUCAAUCUCAGCCAGACACAACCCAACUGCGAGACUUGGCCAAGCUUUGUAUAGUACGACGCCCGCACCAGGCCAGCCCACCAUUCAUGACGUUUUUGAGAGCAAAACCGGCACCUGGCAGUAUGUAGUUGCAGACCCUACGACCUCGACUGCAGUGAUCAUCGACCCGGUCUUAGAUUAUGACCCUGCCACCCAGACUAUCACCACCGCCUCGGCCGAUGCCUUGCUCGCUUUGGUGAAAGAGAAAGGCUACAAAGUCGACGGAAUUUUCGAAACACAUGCUCACGCGGAUCAUAUCACCGCCGCCUCAUAUCUGCAGAAGCGCUUGACCGAGGAGCAAGGUCACAGACCGCCCAUCGGUAUCGGCAAGCGCAUCGGUCAGGUACAGAAGCUGUUUGGGCAGAGAUAUGGAGUCCCUGCCGAGGAGUACGAAGGUGUUUUCGACAAGCUCUUUGAAGACGACGAAGCCUUCAACAUUGGUCAGUUGGCCGCCAAAGCUAUCCAUCUACCGGGCCACACUCCGGACCACCUGGGAUAUCAGAUUGGAGAUAACAUCUUCUGCGGUGAUUUAAUCUUCCAUGCAGAUAUUGGUAGCGCCCGGUGCGACUUCCCUGGUGGCAGUGCAAACAACCUGUAUCAGUCAGGUCGCAGGAUCCUGCGCCUGCCGGAUCAUGUCAAAAUCUGGACAGGACAUGACUAUCCCCCGGAGGGACGGCCAGAUCCUGUUUCAUCCUUGAGCGUCCAAGAGCACAAGCAACAGAACAAGCAUCUUAAGGAUGGUGUUUCCGAGGAGGAAUUUGUGGCCCUGCGCAAGGAGCGUGACUCAAGUCUGGCAGAGCCUAGAUUGCUUCACCAGUCCCUGCAGAUGAACAUUCGCGCAGGACGGCUGCCGAAGCCCACGGAAGCAGGGCAACGGCUUCUUCAUCUUCCGCUGAAGCUGAAGGGGUUGACAUGGUAG